GAGUUACCAAACAAACUCAGUCGUAAACGUUCACUCGCCUGUGAAGAGUCAACAAUGUCGUCGUCGAUGUGGUGGCAGAAAGAUUACGAACGGCAUCGUUUAAACGUGAGGAAGGCCAGCCGCGCGAUCGACGUGGAUCCACCUCGAAGCAGACCUCACGUCGCUCUCGAUGCGAAGGGAUUACAAUUGGAACGCGAGAGACAACAUCGCGUUAUGAGGGAGAACUUCAUCCUUCUGAAGAAAUUGAGGGACAUAAUGAAUCGAAAGAGACCUACCCAAGAGAAGAGUUGCAGACUAAAAUGGGAGGACGAAAUGAGGUGCAUCAGAACCCGUUGAUUUUUCUCAUCCCUUAUCCCCCACUUCAUUUGCGUUUGUAUUCGCAACGUUUGUAUUUUUUUUUCGUAAUA